AUGGCCGAAUCCACGGAGAUUGACUACACCCUCAACAACCCCGAUACUUUGACCAAGUACAAAACUGCCGCUCAAAUCUCCCACAAGGUCCUUGAAGCUGUCACAGGAUGGUGCGUGGAGGGCGCAAAGAUCUUAGAGCUAUGUGAAAAGGGUGACAAGCUCCUGGACGAAGAAGUGGGAAAGGUCUACAAAGGCAAAAAGGUCCCCAAAGGUCCCUCGUUUGUGACGCCAUACACUCCCCUGGUCUCCGACGCAGACGAAGCUGCUACGACGUUAAAGGCAGGGGAGGUUGUGAAAAUCCAAUUGGGUGCUCAAAUUGAUGGCUUCGGAACUAUCGUUUGCGAUACCAUCAUUGUCCCGUCCGCAGAGGGGCCUACGACCAAGAUUACGGGCCGCGAAGCGGAUUUGCUCCUAGCAACAUAUUACGCUAAUGAGCUCCUUCUUAGGCUUAUGGUCCCUCCCGGUCUUGUGGCAGCAGGUACCGAGGAAGAAAAGAAAAAGGCUGCGGCUGAGAAACCUCCUACUCAAACCAAGAUCUCUGCUCUGUUGGAGAAGGUUGCAAAAAGUUACGAUUGCACUGUGGUUGAGAACACCACCACCUGGCUGUUUGACCACAACGAGAUCGAGGGCAAAAAGAAGAUUAUUGUUGCUCCUGGUGCAGGGGUUAAGGGUGAGGGAACUCCUGAAGUCAUGGAAGUGUGGGGAGUGGAGGUUGGCCUCAGUCUUGGAUCGGGAAAAGUCAAGACUCUGGAGAACAGAGCCACUUUGCAUCGUCGUACUGCCACCACUUAUAUCCUGAAGCGCCCAAGCUCCAGGCAGACGCUAUCCGAGAUCGUUAGAAAGUUUGGCACUUUCCCAUUCAGUCUUCGUCAACUCGACGACGAGAAAGCGGGAAAGGUCGGUGUGGUUGAAUGUGUCCGCGGUGGUGUUGUUCGCCAAUAUGAACCUGCCGGAGAUGCAGACGGUGCUCCAGUUUCGAGACUCCUCACAACUGUUGCUAUUCUCAAGAACGGUUUGACGCGACUGGCAGCUCCCCCGCCGCUUGACCUGUCCAAGGUCGAAUCCGAUAAAAAGAUUACAGACGAGGAAAUAUUGCAAAUCCUCGAAAAGCCACUUGCAAAGUCCACAGGAGCCAAGGGCAAGAACAAGAAGAAGAAGAAGAAGCCUGCCAAAAAGGCCGCUGAAGACGCCGAGGAAUCUUCCAGCGAAGAGGAGUGA